AGAGGAGAGCAAGUGGACCCAGUCCUGUCAUUCACAUUACUGCAGGAGGAAGAGUGAAGCAAUUUUUUUGCCAACCAGCUAAAGGAUGUCUAAGACCCCGUCCACCACGUCUGCAACUUCUGUAACCUCUGCAAUGUCUGCAGCCUCUACAGACAGCAAAGGUGGUAAAUCCCGGAAGACUUCGUCCUCGGGUUCGGAGUCAGCUCCCAAGAAGGUGUCUAAGAAAGAGCAGAAGAGGAAAGACAUGGAGAAGAUACACACCACCCUGCUCAGCAGCGUGUUUGGAGCGGAGAGGGAGUUGGCCCAAGCAGAGUUGGAUGAGCUGGACUUUGCCUUCAAGGAGUUUGACUACGACUGUGACGGCUACCUGAACUACAAGGACGUAGCUGAGUGCAUGAGGACCAUGGGCUACAUGCCCACUGAGAUGGAGCUGCUGGAGAUAGUGCAACAGAUCAAGAUGAGGAUGGGCGGUCUGAUGGACUUUGAUGACUUCUGUGAGCUGAUGGGUCCCAGGAUAAUGGGAGAGACAGCUGAUAUGCUGGGGCUGAAAGAGCUCAGGUCCGCCUUCUCACAGUUUGACCAGGACUGUGAUGGGAAGAUCAGCCAGGAUGAGAUGAAGGAGGCGGUGAAUAGUCUACUGGGGGAGAAACUGAAGAAAGGAGAGCUGGAAGAGAUACUCAAAGAGAUAGACAUCAACGGAGACGGAAGCGUCGACUUUGAUGAGUUCGUCAUGAUUCUGUCCAUUCGGUAAGUGCUGGAAGACCUGAGAAGACGCUAUCAUUUGUGUGUAUGAUCAGCUUUAAGGAUGAGAUGUACUCCUCUCAUCUCCUCACUCCUCCUUUUCGCUCCUCUCUUCCUCUCCUCUCCUGUUCUCUCCUUUUCUGUUCUCUCCUCUAUACUAGAAAAUAAAUAUGGUGUACAAUGGGCAAGAGUAUAUUCUUAAAUGUAUUUUAAAUGUAUUUGGAUUAUACUAAUUCAUCAGUUUGUAGACACUGAUUGGCUGUAUGUAAUAUGACAUGUA